UUUUGUGCGCGUUCUUAGAUAUCGACGGAACGUUGUUUAAUUCGGCCCAUUUUUAAGCAAAUUGUAUCAAAAAAUCAAUUAAAAAUGAUAAAAUUAACGCGUUUGGCUUUAAUUUUGGGGGUAAUUGGAGCAGCAUUUGCGAUUAAAUGUUACGAUUGUGACUCAUCCAAAGAUAUCGGCUGCAACGUUGGGAUUUUCUCUUUUGCACAAACAGUGACUGAUUGUGAUGCCGGGAGUUCUCUUAUUGGGUCGUUCUUUCCGAAGAAUUGUAUUAAAUUAACUGCUCGCGAUGCGAACGAUAAUGAAUACGUAGCAAGAAGAUGUGGAGUAAAUGUUGGAUUUAACGCCUGCGAUAUAGUUGCAAAAACCAUUGGGUUUAUGUCAACCAAAGAUGGAGUCCGUGAUUUAAAUUGUUACGAAUGCUCAUCUGAUAAAUGUAACAGUGCCGUUACGAUUGGAUCUACGGCUAUAUUAAGUGUAUUAGCUGCCUGCAUAUUAUUUUUAUUUUAAGAAGAAAAAUAACUUUUAUAAUAAGUUUUCUACUCGACAUUUCAAAUGCUCGCUUAAUAAAAAAGAAAUCUAAAAUGUAUACCUCGAAUAUUAUCGAAUGAUGUAGAUUGUAGAAACAAAUAAAAUAAGCUUCAUUAUAAUAAAAUUAAUUUUAUUAACAUAA